AAGAUAUUUGUAACUUUUUCUUAUAAAUAAGCACUAGUACUUUUCUCUGCAGCACAACCUUUUUAUUAUAUCUCUCAAAUUAAACUAUGGAGAAAGUUAUAGUGCUAGUGUUGUUGUUUGCAGCAACCAUAGCUUUGGCAAAUGGACAAGAACAGAAAGAAUCAUGGGCCAAGAGAGUUGAAGCAGGCAAUGAAGUUAUAACCACUCUUGAGUUCUACUUUCAUGACAUACUUAGUGGUUCAAACCCAAGUGCUGUUAGGGUAGCCCAAAGUGCUGCUACCAACAAUUCAGGCACCCUUUUUGGAGCUUUGAUGAUGGUUGAUGAUCCUCUCACUAUUGGACCUGACCCCAAAUCCAAGAUUGUGGGACGUGCCCGUGGCAUGUAUGGUUCUGCUGGUCAAACUGAUCUAGGACUUAUCAUGGUUUUUAACUAUGGUUUCACUGAUGGUAUUUAUCAAGGAAGUUCUUUUAGCCUUUUAAGUAUAAAUCCAGCAUUGAAUCCUGUUCGUGAGAUGGCUGUAGUUGGUGGAACUGGUCUUUUUCGAUUGGCUCGUGGCUAUGCCAUUGCACAAACUUAUUCAUUUGAUGCUCCUACUGGUGAUGCUAUUGUUGGUUACAAUGUUACCCUUGUUACCUAUAUUUGAUACAUAGUUGUCAAAACAUUUAACUUUUUUGGUGUUGUUCUCUCAAUCUUUAUUGUUGAUUUUUAUUUUCUCUAAUACUACUAUCAUUAGUUUCCGAGUCGUGAA